AUUUGAAUGGUGUGACUCCCCAACGCUAGCGGGACCGACACAGAGCAGAGUGCUCCUGGGCUGGACCCGUUUUGGAUUUACACACCCGAGGAGACCCAGUGGGUCUUCACAAAAACACUACAACAGUGUCCGCUGGUGAGCAUGUCUGACAACGGGACGUCUUAGAGAUCAACUCCAAUAAAUCCAUAUGGCUUUCUGCAAUCCUGCCUGCAUUUUUCUCCUGAAAAGAACAUGAAGCAGGUGGAUAUUAUAAAUAAGGAAGAAUUAGAUAAAGAAAGAUUUCAAGUCCAUUACCCAAGCAAAGCCAAGCGAUUGUCAUCUUGCAAGAGGAAGGGUGGUCCAUUGGUGGAGGUGGGCUUAAAGCUGCACUGCAAAACGUCCGAUGUAGGUCGUGCCCAUGAACCCGGCAUGGCCAACAAAGAAAAUGAGCUGAAAUGCAGAGAUGAUGUGCGGGGCAUGCACUACAAUGACCUCUGCGGGAUCCCGAUAAACUCUGCAGAGGCCUCCAAGAUGGCAGAGGCCAGCUCCAAGUACAAGGACUUCACUGAGCUAUCAAAGGACCAUGAAGUCAUGACUCACGUCCUUUUCGGAAGGAACCUGCGACUAAAAGUGGCCCAAACACUAUGGCGAAAAAAUGCCAAUGAAUUGGUGGCCUACCUGAUAAGAAUUGAAGACACAGCGGUGCUGCUCGACUGCUUACCUGUCUUAACAAAUAACCUUCAAACUGAAGCCCCAUGUUUGUCACUUGGCUGCUGCGUUGACCUUAUGCCCCUCGUGAAAGUGAUUCUUGCAAGUAAAUAUGAAGAGAACAUUAUGGUGGCGUUACACUGGGUUCAAUCCGUCAUCAUGAAAUGGCGGCCAGAACUUUCAAAGAAUGAGAAAAGACUGCGGGGCAGUUCUUCAGAAGACAGGAAUAUUGGAGUCAUGAAGCAGAGGCUUAAGGACUUGUGGAAGGAAGGGGGCCGGUUAUGUUCGGUUCCAGGAUCGACAGGAGAACUGGCAAAGGUCAUCGAGUCUUAUCUAUCGCAGCUGCCCUGACAGUUGUCCAUGUGGCUGCCUGGGGAUGUGACCACUACUGCCGGAUCAUGGCUGUGUUUUGAACUGAUAAUGACGCCAGAGAGCGAUGGACUGGUUAUUGUGACACCUUAAACUCCACCCCGUCCCAGGACUGUUCAUAACAAUUCAGACAACUCCCUCCGUUGGAGCUGGAGAUGGGGACGAGAGAGCCACAGCAAAUGACUGCUUCACAUUGAAGUGGACCUUGUGAAGGGGCAUAUUUAGUGGACCUCCAUGAGACUGGGUGAAACGUCGCUGUAUGACGUGCCACGCUCUUCGUCUCUCACUACAUCACUCUUUGCCAUGGAAUGUGAAUGCACUUGUGGAAGUAAUGAAUGCUUGACUGUUUUAAUGUUCUUGGUGCCUGGGUUCUCUGGAAUCAUAAACAUGAAUCUGCAACAGUCUUAAGUUAUGAGAACUCAUCUUGUUUUCACUUUGCCUCUUCAUAUUGUAUUUGACUAUAAUAUAAAUUGUAAAAACAAGUGAUUCUUUUAAUCUUCUUUUAAAUAAAUUUGAUAAAAAUCA